ACCAUAAGCGCGGCACGUCGACGAAAUCACACCAGGGAACUAAACAAAGGCGAAAUUCACGCCAACACCAAAGCAAGUAUAAGUCUAACACAACUAGCAAAAUUACGGGUGCAACACAAUCAACACAAAGGAAGCGCGAAAUUCCAAAAACCCAACACCACCACCAGCGACACCGAUUGGAUGACUCCAACGACCGUAAGCAACGAAAAAUGUACACCAAAUUGGGCGGCGAAAACACCAUCAACGACGAAGAAACUGAACGACACCAACGACAAAAGAUGCCGGUAGACGAAGUGGAAAAGCGAAAAUCACCAGGAAAAAAAAAAUGGGACGUUAAUGAGGCGGACAAACGAAAAUCACCGGAAAAAAGAAAUGGGGCGUUAAUUGAACGUGUUUCAAGACCAGAAAACAAAAACAAUAAAUACCCACCCAAGACCAGCACACAAGUGGACAAGCGAAAAGAUAUGUAUUGA